AUGCGUUCCCAUCUAGCUCUCUUCCUCGGCCUUGUGGCCCUCGUCGCCUCUGCCUGGGCAGCCUCAGCUCCGACUGACCCAGCUGCUCCUGCUCCUGCCUCGCCUACCACCCCAACUGAUCCAACCACCAGUCCGACAGAUCCUACAGCCACACCCACCACGGCCCCGACAAGUGACCCAACGACCACCGCCGCCACCCCCACCCCAGCCUCCACCGCCGCCCCUGCCACAACUGCCGCCACUACUAAGAAGACACCGCAGAAGCAUAAGCGCACGGAACAUAGAACAAUUACGAGGCCAAAGGUUGUAAGGCGCCGUAGAAGGAACUUCGGUGGUCGCAAAACCACCGAUGGCAAGCGCCGCAGGAAGUCCACCCGAAACUAA